AUGAACAACUCCAUUGGGAACAUCACCUCAUCUGAGGUUCCUUCUACAAACCACACAACAAAGGAUAUUUUGAUAUUGGAAAGCCUCAGGAUUGGUGUGGCGAGCUUCAAUCUAAUCAUCGGUAUUCCUACACAUUCCUUUGUUUUGUGGCUGAUAGCCACAGGAAGAGGGAGUGGAAUUGCAUCCGAGUUCUCCAUCCUAAAUCUCACUAUUUGUGAGAAAUUGUUCUCUCUCAAUUCAUUGGUUUUUCUACUGUCAAAAAUGUUUCCAAGUUUACUGACAUUACAGAGAUUUUUACUUGGGCUAGGCAUCACUGGUCGUCCUCUGUUUCACUGUCUGAUCUGUGUUGAGCGUUACCUGGCAGUGGUUCAUCCUGUAACCUUUCUGAAGUUCAAACCUCUCAGAUAUAAAAUGGUCUGUUCCAUUGCUAUCUGGCUAAUCAGUUUUGGCUCCUGUUUGGUCUGCAUGAUCACAUUUUUGUUAUCUAACAUGCGUGCAUUUGCAUGGUUCUUCUCACUGCAGUUCAUACUCUUCCUCUCCAUUCAGUUGUUUUGCCUUUCGGCUGUUCUCAGAGCUCUCAAGCAGUCAGGACCAGGAGAGAGAAGGAGAGAGAGAGAGGAGGAAAACCACAUGAAGAGAAGAGCAUUUUACCUUAUUCUAAUAACUACUUUGACCAUGGUUAUGAUGUUUGUGCCUUUAAUUAUCACAGGAUUCCUCACUGUGCUGCAAAACCAAGCUGCUUCAAUUAUCUGGUUUAUUAGUUUUUUUUGUUUCAUUCUGGCUGGUUUUUUGCAACCUGUUCUUUAUCUGCACCGGACUGUGAAACUUCUCUGCCUUUGUUCUCCAUAA